AUGGAUCAUCCGAAAGAAGGUUCCGGGGAAUCCGGGAUGCCUCCCUCUGCUUCUGGAGCUAAACUACUGAAAGUUAAGCAAGAAGUCGGAGCCAAGAUGAGGAAGGGGAAAAAGACAGCCAGGGAGGCAAUCGCGACCAGAGUUUCUAAACGGAAGAAGAAAGACGAUUCUAGUGGGAGCAGUCCUCACUCGCCUUCGUUGCUGAAAAAUCAAGACGUGGUUAACCUCAUGGUUCAAGCUCUCGGCCAAAAGGAGCUUGGCCGUGCCUGUAAUUCCGACGAAACCCCCGAGACCGCUCCGGAGGGUUGGUUCUGUUGCCAUGAGAAGUACAUCUCCAAGUCUCACUUGAGAUUUCCUCUUCCGACCCUACUGCUUGAUCUACUAGAUCAUUAUCAGUUAGCCCUUUCCCAACUCUGUCCCUCGGUUAUCCGGGUGAUAAACGGCUUUAUCACUAGGUCCAAAGAGGAGGGGGUUAGCGUCGGUCUUACCGAACUUAUGAGCCUCUUUUCCCUGAAGGAAAGCGCCUCUAAGGAGGGUGGUACCGGGACCUACUACCUCCCUAGUCGUCCCAAUCAUGUUAUCUUCAGAUUCUCUAGUAGUGAUGAUGACUGGAGGAAGAAGUAUUUUUACGUUAAAGUUGAUCCUUCGACGGUUCCUGUGGGUCGGAACCUUAGGGUCACUUGGACUAAUCCAUCUGAAAUCGAAGAUCCUCCGAAGCUCUCUACCAAGCUCACCAGGGCUCUAUACCGCAAGUUGCAGCAGAGUCCCUGUACCUGGGUAGCCUACACCACUUCUCGAAUAAGUGCAGCCAGAUUCCCAGAUACCUACAACGCCUCUUUCCAAGAUCCCAUUCCUGCUGAGAACCUUGAGAUUUCGGCAGGCGAUUCAGUUGUAUCGAUCUCAACUGGUGCUAGUGCUUCGGGAACUGAAAAGUCUCAGCCAGGUGACAUGACUCUGCGACCAUCAUUCCGUUCUAGGGGUAACCCCUCUAAAGCUGCCAGUGCUUCUCGUGGAAGCGACAGGAACCAAGGAGGAUCGUUCCUUAUCUCAAUGAAGGAAGUUUUGGACGACGGAGGAUCCAAACCUGUUGUCGAGACUACUCCAACUGAGGUUGUAGCUCAGGAUGCUGCUCCUCUCCCUGAGGUCCAGGUGCCGGAGGCUGACUACCAGGCUCCGAAGGGUACAUCUGAGGUCGAGCCGUCGAGACACAAGAGGCCCAGGACCGAUCAGGGCAGAGCUCCCACCCGUUCUUCUUCCUCGUCCUCUAGAGGAGGGACUGUUGGGUGGAGCUUUACCCAUUCGAAGCCUGGGUCGAUCCUGGACGACUCUUGGGGCCUAGCUGCGAUAAUGAGGCACCUGAAGAGCGUGGGAUGUCCCCUUCCAGCGCUCAAGGACCUGACUAACCGAGAUGAGUAUCUCGAUAUUGCCCACUGUAUGGGUCAGGUACGUGAUCUCUAUCUGUUCUUUGUUUACAUUCUUUGGAGACGAUGAUAUAUAUAUAUUUUUUUU